UUUCACUUUUCCAUACCUGUCUUUAUUUCCUAGCACAUGUGCAGCAGGUGUUGGUGGAGAGUCCAGAAUGGCGGCAGCGGGAAGAGGAGUGCCUCCAGAUCCAAAGUCUCACUAAAAUAAAAGAAGAGAACAUGCAGAGCUGUCAGGAUGGGGAGCAGCUUCCACCCCACAAGAUGGUGAACGUUGGGAUCAACACAAUCUCUUUGGCUGAUGUCCAUUUGAAGAGUGAAGAGGACAAAGGUCUGUCUUCACAGUUUCAGCACACUCGAAGUGUGGAGGAGAAGUUAAGUCACGCUGAAGCUGACGGCGAGCAUUGCGAAGAAUCUGACAAAAUUGCUCUGCUACGAGUUGUGGACGCUGCCCCCCCAGUACCUUUGGCAAACUCCGAAUGUUACGCGCCGCAUCCCGCAAACGGCAAACCUUUGAGCUUCUCUCAGUGCGGCGAAGCCUCUGGGAAAAUGAGAAGCCUGCGAACACACGUGAGGACGAGCCAGAAUCCUACCGGCGCCCACUUAAGCUGCCCCUUUUGUGAGAAAGCCUUCGCCUUCAAGGCCAAACUGACCAGACACAUUAACGCUCACGUCAAGCCUUUCGUGUGCACCUUGUGCGGCAACGCGUUUGCUCAAAGCUACCAUCUGAAGAUACACAUGGGCACGCACACAAACAACAAGAGGGUCGUCGGGAAAAACAAGAAAACCACCGCAGUGAGUGUGGACGCUGCAGUCAAUUCUUGCAAGCCGGCUAUUCUUUGUUUGUUUUGCACCAAAGGGUUCACAAAAAAAUACCUUCUAGAGAGACACAUGAGGACCCACACAGACUAUAUGGCCGCACCCUUCUGUUGAAUUGACUCAGCCAGAUUGAUUGUUUCUGCUUUUUCUCUCUCUGGGGAAAAAUGACCGCAAUCUUCACAUGGUUAAGAGAAACCGAAUAUUUUGCAAAGCAUCGCAAGCCCUGUCAUGAAAGCAAAUUGAUCCAUGGCGAUAUUUGAGUUUGAUAGGAACUGCGGGUCUCGAGGCCUGCGCCCAGAGAGUGUCACGACACAACUGGGCAUCCAACACCACUACAGCUCUAAAAUGACCUUUGUUGACAUAUUUGGAUGAACAUCCCCCUGCCCCCAUUGAACAUUGUUUUUUUUUUUUUAGCAAAAUAUCAAAAAUUUGUUAGAGUUCAAUCGGAAAUCAGGGCCAAUCACGUGUAUUUUAAUUUUUUUUUUGUUGAAUAUGACUUGAUGUGGCAUUUCUUCAAAUAAACGACUCCUUCAAGU